CCUGGCUCUUUUCGCGGCCCAUUGUUGGCUCCGAGCGGGCCGGCGGCGCGGGGGUGUAACCUGAGAGCUUUCUCUACAAAGUCCCAGCGCCUGUUGCUGAAGCCGACAGAAGGCACAAGGGCUGGAGCCGGGAAUCUGAGCGCGGCCAGGCAGCUCGUUCCUAGCCUGGGAACAUCCAGGCGUCGUGACCUUCGCGCAGUCAGCGCUGGGCCGGAUUUAUUCGGUUUUCGCGGGAAUCGCCGGCGCUUGGCUUGGCGAUCGAGGGAGUGGAGCAUCGCUCAGUUCCCCAGCCGGCUACCCUGUGAGGGAUGGAGCCCGGGCGGAGCGCCCCGCAGCACGGCGUAGUGGAACAGCGCUAAACCGGCCAGAGGAGGUGAGGGUUUGAAGAUCCAACUGGGAGCCACGAGGCAAGCAGAAGAGACAACAGGAUGACAGCCCUGGUGUGUGGCCUUCUUAGGUUCCUGGCGGUGGCAACAACAUGUGCUUGGACAGCUGUUUCCACUGAAGGAACCAUGGAGCCAGAAAUGUUUGACAGCCACAUGCUGGAGGCAGAAGAGGAGCACCUGCUACUGGACCCAGGGAGUCUGCUGAAGCUCUACUGCAGCACCAAUCACAGCCUUGCGAUCACAUGGCAUAAGGAAGCCAAGCAGCUUUUCCCAAGUGGACGCAUCCACAUGCGGCAAAGCAUGCUGGAGAUUGCCGAAGUCACCUAUGAAGAUUCAGGACUGUACUCAUGCCGAGCACGGAGCGCUGGGGAAAGCCUGCACAACUUUACCAUCUCUGUUGUGGAUUCAUUGGCAUCAGGUGAUGAUGAUGAAGACAGUGACAUGGACAGUGCCCAUGUUGAUUCCAAUGAGGAGCCCCUACACCCCCGGCGAGGUGGGGCAUUUCCUGAGCCUGAAUUAAAAACUGGAGGUGAUCAUGUAAUGUUGUCUUCAGCACCUUACUGGACACACCCUCAUCGGAUGGAUAAAAAGCUCUAUGCAGUCCCAGCAGGGAAUACAGUCAAGUUCCGCUGCCCAGCCUCAGGGACCCCCAACCCGACUAUCCGCUGGCUGAAGAAUGAGCGGGAAUUCCGAGGGGAGCACCGUAUCGGAGGGAUCAGACUAAGGCAUCAACACUGGAGCCUGGUCAUGGAGAGUGUGGUACCCUCGGAUCGAGGCAACUACACCUGCCUGGUGGAGAAUAAGUUUGGCAGCAUCCGCUAUAGCUACUUCCUGGAUGUGCUAGAGAGAUCCCCACACAGGCCUAUCUUGCAAGCGGGGCUGCCUGCCAACACUACAGCAGUGAUGGGCAGUGAUGUGGAGUUCUUUUGCAAGGUGUACAGUGAUGCCCAGCCCCACAUACAGUGGCUCAAGCACAUUGAAGUGAAUGGCAGCAGCUACGGCCCAGACGGUGUCCCAUAUGUGCAAGUGCUUAAGACGGCAGAUAUUAACAGCUCAGAGGUGGAAGUGCUGUACCUGCGUAAUGUCUCCAUGGAAGAUGCUGGAGAAUAUACAUGUCUGGCAGGGAAUUCCAUUGGCCUGUCCUACCAGUCGGCCUGGCUUACUGUGCUACCAGAAGAAGAAGAAGUGCAAGAGACGAAUGCUCCUGAAAUCAAGUACACUGAUAUCAUUAUCUACACUUCGGGAUCUUUGGCCAUUGCUAUGGCUAUUGUCAUCGUUGUCUUGUGCCGGAUGCAAACCCAGCCGAGCAAGCAACCUUUGGAGCCCAUGGCCGUACACAAACUCUCCAAAUUCCCACUCAUUCGACAGUUCUCACUAGAAUCAAGCUCCUCAGGGAAGUCCACCACAUCAUUGAUGCGCGUCACCCGCCUCUCAUCAAGCUGCACACCCAUGCUAGCUGGGGUCAUGGAAGUGGAGCUGCCACUGGACUCCAAGUGGGAAUUCCCACGAGACAGGCUGGUGCUGGGCAAGCCACUAGGUGAGGGCUGUUUUGGGCAAGUGGUAAGGGCAGAAGCCUAUGGGAUUGAUCAAGAACGGCCAGAGCGUCCCGUCACUGUUGCUGUCAAGAUGCUCAAAGAUAAUGCCACUGACAAGGACUUGGCUGACCUCAUAUCAGAAAUGGAAAUGAUGAAACUGAUGGACCAGCACAAGAAUAUAAUCAACCUGUUGGGUGUCUGUACACAGGAUGGGCCUCUCUAUGUGAUUGUGGAGUUUGCUGCCAAGGGGAACUUGCGGGAGUACUUGCGUGCCCGUCGCCCUCCUACGCCCGAUUAUACCUUUGAUAUUACCAAGAUGCCUGAAGAGCAGCUGUCCUUCAAAGACUUGGUCUCUUGUGUCUACCAGGUGGCACGUGGCAUGGAGUAUUUGGAGUCGAAACGGUGCAUUCACCGGGACCUGGCUGCCCGCAACGUCCUUGUCACUGAAGAGAAUGUCAUGAAAAUUGCUGAUUUUGGCUUGGCCCGCGGUGUUCAUGACAUAGAUUACUACAAGAAAACGAGCAAUGGCCGUCUGCCUGUAAAAUGGAUGGCACCAGAGGCCCUCUUCGACAGGGUGUACACGCACCAGAGUGAUGUGUGGUCCUUUGGAAUUCUGAUGUGGGAGAUUUUUACGUUGGGUGGUUCCCCAUAUCCAGGCAUCCCCGUGGAAGAACUCUUCAAACUCCUGAGAGAAGGUCACCGCAUGGACAAACCCUCCAACUGCACCCAUGAACUGUACAUGAUGAUGCGGGAAUGCUGGCAUGCGGUGCCUUCCCAACGGCCCACAUUCAAGCAGCUUGUAGAGGGACUGGAUAAGGUCUUAGCUGCUGUUUCUGAAGAGUAUCUAGACCUGUCGAUGCCCUUUGAGCAGUAUUCCCCAUCUUGCGAGGACACCACCAGCACCUGCUCCUCCGACGACUCUGUGUUCACCCAUGAUCCUCUGCCCAUCACCCCCUGCCUCUUCCCCUAUCACAAUGUGAGGACAUGAGGGGAGGAGCAGGCCACGGACCCUAAGGCAGGGUUUCCUCUCUCCCUCCCUCCCUAAAGGAUUACACAGCUUGGGAACAGAAGUUCUCGAAUGUCCCUGGUGGAAGAAAGAGCUGGGAGCUGUACCAGCAGGGCCAGGUGUCUGCAUCUCAAGGUUCUGGAGCCUGCUGGAGAUCCACAAGUAAAGGUUCCCUGGCGAGGACUGGAUAUCCUCCUUGUAAACGUCUGCAGGUGUUCCUGGCACUCAUGCUGGUGCCUUCAUGCCCUAUGAUCUCAGGUUCCCUCAGAGCUGUUGCUCUAGCUGAGCCUUGGAUGCCACCAACUGCCUGAGGAGAAGUAGGAUCAGAUAAGCAGGGAGGAACCUAAUUCAGGGGAGUGGAACACUCCCUCAUCAACAUGUCUGGGCCCUUCUACCUAACCCAUGGGACCAUUUCCCCAGACAUGGGGCACCCUGCUUGUUUGUUUGAUGCUAUUUCCAAUUUAAUAAUAUUUUUAUGAAAUCUCAUUGUUUGGUGGGAGACAGCCAGCUUUCUCAGGCCCCCUUUCCAUAUCUGGUCACGACGACAAGGACAGUCAUCCUGCACAGGGCAUGGCCCUUCCCUUCUGGCUCCUGCUGUUCCCUGUACAUAACCCUAGAGAUAAAUAUUUAUGUACAUAUCAUUUCUAAUGCACAUGAAUUAUCCACACCCAUAAAUUAUUUUUUUGGAA